AUGGCAGGAUCAGCCAUGGUGUUGGAUCCGAAGCCUUUGUCGGAGCCACCGGCAUCGAUCCACCUUCACCCUGAACUGCUGCCUGAGCCGGAGCUGCACCGACAAGGCCUUGCUCUUCCAUGGCCACCCACGCAAACAUCCGCAACCACAAAGCCACCAUCUUCAUCCUCUACCAGCUCGCCACCCUCAACGUCUUCACCACAUGCCGUUACGCCGUCCCCCACAGGGCCCACGACAUCCUCACUCUCCUCCUCCUUGCUAAGAUCACGAGCGGCUACCAAAACGCCUGAACCCUUACCGGGUUUCGGAGGGCCGGUUCGCCUACCGCAGCCAAAUGGGUUUAGAGGGAUCUUGGGGCCGGUGUUCAUGUUCAAGGGGGCGUUCUAUGUGAGUGGAUUGGCUGACCUCAUCAUCCCCAGAUGGUCAUGGGUUUCUUGGAUGGUGGUGAUUUCAAUUGCCAUUAUGUGGUGGAGCCCACCGCUAUGUGGUGGCCUUAAAAUCUCGUUCAGGCUUUCCAUGGAUGAAAAUAUUUGUGCAUCAGAUAAAGCCUCCAUCGGCUAUCUCUUUGACGACCUGCAUGGGAAAUGCCUAAGGAACAAGAGGGACAACAUAGGAAUCAUCAACUCUUGGAAAUGGGUCCCUUAAGAUUGCGUUUUGCAUCAGAUCAACCCAGCUUGGUUUCUGGGUCGGAUGAGGAACAUGAAUAUUGGGUUCGUCGGGGACUCACUGAAUGAGAAUUUUUUGGUGUUGUUUCUAUGCAUUAUGAGAGUGGCUGAUGCAGGUGCUAAAAAGUGGAAGAGGAUGGAGGAUUGGAGAUGAGCUUAUUUUCCUAACUUCAAUUUUAUGGUGAGGUAUCUUCGGGCAGUGUUGCUCACCAAAUAUGAAUGGCAGCCAAAACAAGACACGCGUGGGGAUCAAGAUGGAUUGAAAGGAACAUAUCGAGUAGAUGUUGAUAUUCCAACCAAUGAUUGGGCCAACAUUUCUGAUUUUUAUGAUGUCCUAGUUUUCAAUAUAGGGCACUGGUGGAAUUCUAAUAAAUUUCCAAAAGAAAGUCCUCUCAUCUUUUAUCGUGCGGGCGAACCAAUACUACCGCCCCUUGAUAUGUCAGAUAAAUUUAAAGUUGUUCUUGAGAAUAUGGUAUCAUACAUACAAAAGGAUGCCGUUUAG